CGCAGCUUCCAGCAGGAGGAGAAGCAGGGAGGACGCGAGGGGAAGGGAGGACGGGGCAAGAAAAGGGAGGGCGCCGGGCAAGUCGAGAUAUUUCUGAGAAGUCUCGGCCGUGACAAACAAGGCAUGAAGUUGGAAAAACGUGUGGCGCUCGCCAGAUAGGAACGGAGGAUCAGGUAAUCCGGGAAGUCAGCCUGGACGGACCACCCUCGCUUGUACCUUCGAUGCCACCAAAUGUACAAAGUUAUGCACCCGCCUAUGUCGCAAACGCCACUUAAACUCGGCGGACUGGGUCCUCGGCAUGUUGAGGGGCAAGACAGGGGGUUCUUCACCCCGAGUCGUUCUCGCACCUCCGGUGCCUGCCGAGGACCCCAAGGGGGCCGAGAAGCGCAAAAACUUCCAGGGGCCUCUCCGUGGGCGCGUGCGGAAUGCCCGCCAGCACCAUGCCCGAUGUGCGCCCGUGACGUGCUGCCCUGCGCGCGGAGCAGCACUGCGCGCGCGGGAGAGGUCCGCGCCGUCACCUCCGGCGCUCGUCCCGGACACAGCAGGCAGCAAGCGGCUGAUGGAGCGGCCAAGCAGCGGAAACAAAUCCAGGCUGCCCAACGGCAGGUCCAAGCUCUCCGCGAGUCUGCCUGCUGCUGGCGGCGGCGCACGCUUAAGUGCUGCCCCUGACGCAGCCGUGAACGAGGGCGGGCGCUUCUGGAUGAACCAAAAACGCAGGGGCCCCUCUCCACGGCGCGCGGAGCGCGGCGGCCAGCGCCAGAGGCGCCGCCAGGGGGCCCAGCGCUAGUCCAAAAAAUUCGCGCGGAGCUCCCGAGCUUAUGUUUAUGCAGUUUUUCUCCGACUCCUCCAGCAUCUGGGAGGCCAGGCCCACUUUCGGUGCACGUCCCCGCCCAUGCCGGGGCUGUGCGUCCCGAGAAGUGCUGACGCCUGGGCAGAGCCGCCUCUACCAUGGACACGCCCGACUUAACUCUACCAGCAGGGGAUGACAAGGCUGGUCCCUCAAGGCUCCUGCGUCACAGGCCCUCGCCUCCGCCACUGCUGCUCAUAUCCCUGCAAAAAAAUAGGUGGACAAGAGUGACCAAUCACACGGUAUUUGCCAAGCGUGCAUGGUCAGCGCAUCGAUCCCCAGAUGGAAGGCUUGCCGCAGACAGAAGGCGCGAGCCUGGGCCGGGCGCCCCGCGAGGCCGGGGCGCCCGCCGCUGCCCUGCGGAAGGCGCCCGGCGGGCGGGCCGCGCCCCCCCUCCC